CUUGAACUGCAAGCGAUCAGUUGAUCGCCAAAGUUCGUCGCGUGCGAUACACAAACCGCAGCACCCGUGAAGGGCGGUUUGGUGAUUUGUUUUCAAAUAAGUGACGCGCUUGAGAUCGUAAACAAAAUCGCAGUUGUUUUGAAACCGACAAGAUCGUUUUGUGUGUGUUCGAGAUGUCGGAGUUCUUUCGUAAACUGCUCGAAAAGCAAGCACAAGCUGAGAGUGUACAUACCACGCGGAAUAUGUACGAAUGGUUCGAAGAUGGCUUCAUCUACUGGUUCGAGCCGUACUUUGAACUGCUGCCUUUUGAAAUCAUGGUGGAGUUACUGAAGUACCUGAACGUGAGUGAUCGCAAUGCUAUGGCACAAGCUUGCAAAGGGUUCUACGAGGGUCUCAAACAUCCAUACUACUUGCGCUCAACGUGCCUUCACAUUCACGACAUAGAGUUCGAAGACAACAUCGAGCCGGUACGUAGUCUGCUAACCGCGUUCCGGUAUUUCCCCAACGUCAAGCUCACGAAGAUCACCUUCGGAAACCGCAGUGACUUUUGGGCCGAGUUCGGUGAGUCAAUAGAAGAGCUAACCUUCGAAAACUGCGCCAUGUGGAAGCAGAAGCUCCUAUCGAUCCUUCGAUACACCUAUCGGUUGAAGAGCUUGACCAUCGAAAACUGUCCGGAUCUGUUUCGAUCGUGGAAGCUGAUCGAGAACGUCACUGUAAUGCUGUGUCCGACGCUGCCGCAGCUACGUCACAUCGGUUUAGCCGGCAAUACCGUACUCGAGCAGCAUCAUUUCGAUUUUCUAGUGGGCAUGGCGCCAAAGCUCGAUUCGCUAGACGUGUCGAACUGUUUCAAGGGGAACAACGCGGCUCAUCGCUUUCAAAUGCUGGGCCACGUAAUACGUUAUCUGACCGAUCAUCAGCAUGAUAUUCGUCACUUUUAUAUUGGCGAUACGCCAGUCGACAAUCUGUUCCUACGUCACUUGGCCGACAUAAAGGGACUUCGGUUGAAUAGUUUGAGCUUGAUGGUGUGUGACAAAGUGCCUUCGACUGAGGCGGGGAUCAUCGACUUGAUACGAUUGCAGACAAACUUGACGUAUCUGGAUUUGACGAAGUCGUUGGAGUUGCACGAUUCGUGCUUGAUCGAGAUAUGCAAAUGCAUGCCAAUGCUGGAGACGUUGAUCCUCAACCGAUGCUGGAUGAUUACAGAUUAUGGUAUCAUGGCGAUCAAGAAUUUGAACAGGCUGAAGCAUUUAGAUCUGACGAACUGCGAUAGGAUUAGUGAUACGGGGAUAAUGGGCGGAUUGUUGACCCACAAUAGACAACGGCGGUUGAGGAAGCUGUAUCUGGGAUUGCUGACAAACAUAGGAGAAGUUGUGUUUACGAAGAUCUCAUUCGAACUGAAUAACUUGACUGUACUGGAUCUCGGAGGAUGUUCAAACUGUAUCAACGAUCGAUCCAUCCAAUACAUUUUCUACCACAUGACAGGAUUACAGGAGUUAAAUUUAGAUUGCUGUGCAAAGCUCACGGAUGCGGGUAUAACAGGAAUAGAUCUACCGGAGUGUGCGAUCGCCAUCUGGGAUCUCCAGAUGUCUUUCUCGGUUGCAGAUCUCAAAAGGUUACGCAUUCUCAAUUUGUCCGGAUGCUAUCGCGUAACAGAUUUCUCAUUCAGGAUGAAGUUUCAGCUUCAAGAAUUGAGGGAGCUUAUUCUGAAUCGCUUGCAGAUAUCGGAUCCCGGAGUGGAGAAGCUCGCCGUCAACUGUCCUUCGCUGGAAAUUAUCGAUUUCAGCGAGUGUCAAAACGUAAACGAUCGCUGCUUGGAAAUCCUCGCGAAGAGUUGCACCCGUUUGACCACCCUUAGAUUGCAAAACUGUGCCGAAAUCACCGAUCAGGGCAUGGAUCACCUGAUCAAACAUUGUACCACACUGAAACACCUGAACAUUCGAGGUUGCUACAAGAUCACCGCCGAGGCAGAAGCUCGCCUGGUCGGCAUCCGAUCGCUGAGACAUGUGAUGGCCAACGAGCGGCAAGAAAUCGCUUCCGACGGCAAAUAGCCGGUAGGCACCACCGACUGAAUGCAAAGAUAUGUAAAACAAAAAAAAAUCCAAGGUAAAAUUUGUAAAGAGAAAACAGAACCGAAAACGCCGGAGAUGCGUGCAAUAAAAUUAUUAAAUCAUAUAAAUUUA